AUGAAUCUAGUGGUAAAGCCAUGGCCCUUUAGAGGAUGGGCAAUGGAUCUCAUUGGCAAGAUCUAUCCAGCCAGCAGCCAGCAACACUGUUUUAUUAUUGUUGCUACAGACUAUUUCACCAAGUGGGUGGUAGCCAAGCCUGUUAAAUCCACUACAUCUCAAGAGAUCAUCACCUUCAUAGAAGAACAAAUUAUACAGAGGUUUGGCAUUCCAGAAUCAAUCACAACUAAUAGGGGAUCUUCUUUCAUAUCUGGAGAGAUGCUGGAUAUGGCAGAGGCAUUCAAAUUCAGACUGCUUCAAUCCACUCCCUACUACGCUCAAGCUAAUGGACAGGCAGAAUCAAGCAACAAAGUAAUCAUCAACAUUAUCAGAAAAAUGCUUGAGAAAAAUCUGAAGCAAUGGCAUGAGAAGCUAUCAGAAACUCUGUGGGCAUAUAGAACUUCAAAGAGAGAAGCAACUGGCAUGACCCCUUAUGCUCUAACUUAUGGCCAUGAUACAAUUCUGCCUAUGGAGAUAGAUGUUCAGUCCCUCAGAAUUGCUCACCAACAUGAUCUGGUUGGAGAAAAUUACUCUCAAGCCAUGCUGGUAGAACUAGAAGGAUUGGAUGCAAGCAGAAUUGACACCCUCAAUAAACUACUGGCAGGAAAGCAAGCUGUGUCAAGGGCCUACAACAAAAGAGUAAAGAACAAGAGUUUUGAGGAAGGAGAGAUAGUCUGGAAAGCAGUUCUGCCCCUUGGAACACAUAUCCUUGGAAUGGGGGCAUACAGGUUGCAGGACAGAGAUGGAGAAAUUCAUGCAGCCCCAAUCAACGGCAAAUGGUUAAAGAAGUUUUAUCCAACCAUGUGGGAUUCACAGGCUGUACAAACAGAUCCUGGGAUAGAGAAGGGACAACACUAA